AUGAGUGAUAUAUUGAUUGAUGAUCGUAUUAGGGACUGGGUAUUCUUGCCAAUAAUAAUUGUGAUGUUUAUGAUUCAGAUGUUCAGAGGAUUGUUAACAAAAUAUAUGGACAAUAAAAAGACAUCGCAAAAAGUGACAUCAAAAGCUUAAGUUUCAGAGAUGAUUGAUAAAAAUAUAACUCAACAAUCUUAAAGACUAGCACGAUUAUAUGGAUUAUUGCCAGAUCAUUCUUUUAAGAUGAAGAGGGCUCAUUUAUGCGAUAAUAAGUCAGGCAUAUUAACAAAGGCAAGUGAAAAGCCAGCAAAGGAUCCAAUGCAAUCAAUGUCAAUGAUGAAUCCAGCUGCCAUGGCUGAUAUGCUAAAACAAAAUUUAAGUGGAAUUGUAUUCAUGGCACUUCAAUAUUAAUGGGUUUCUUAUUUUUUCUCUGGUUUUGUGAUUGGCAAAGUCCCAUUUCCCUUGACUUAGAAAUUCAGAACAAUGUUAUAGAGAGGAGUAGAUGUGCAAAAUUUAGAUGUUAGAUAUAUAAGUAGUAUCAGUAUUUACUUUGUGUUGUUGUUUGGAGGUCUUUAAAAGAUUCAGUAAUUGAUGUUUGGAGAUGAUACUGACGAGUUUGUUGAUGACACUCAAAUGUAGAUGUAGAUGUAAAUGAUGGGAAUGCCAACGAUGCCAUCUUUUGGAUAAUAGAAUGACCCAGGAAAAUUGUUUAUAGCUGAAAGAACUCGUUUGGAAGGAGUAAAACAUUCAUUUGAAUUGAAUAAAUCAUAGGAGAAGGCCAUAAAAUCCUUAAAGAGAUUUUUAAUUCAAUGAUGUACAAUAAAUGUUAUAUAUUAUUUUGAUAAACCAUU